CGUCCGGAAAGUCCCUGAAACAGGUGUGCCGGAUUUUCUGAACGCCAUUGAAUAAGAGCUGUCCCUCCGCGACUCACUUCUCGGUACAUUUAACGGCCGCGAGCCACGUCGAGGCACUUUCGAAAAGCUCUCGAAACGUAAACAGUCGUCCCUCGUCCAAAUAUUUACGACUCGCCGGCAUAACCUCGGGGCGCUCGUUAAAAGCCCACGAAAGAAGGCGAGAAACAAAGAGCCUCGGGAACGCAAUCGUUUCGGUCUCGAACGCUCUUCCACAGGCCGUGGACGGAACUCUGAGAGCGCCGAUAUACGAACACCCGCCGCCGGCUUAGAAACUUCCCAGACCCGUAAUAAAGCCCGCGAGGUGCACGACACGCGAGGAAUCUGACGCCUACAUGCUCGCCCCGGAGGACCCAACGAUCCGCAGACGAGGGACGAGGCGACGCGCAUACGUGAAGCUGGACCGAGAGUACCACCGGAGGGAAAGUCCCGCCGAAUCCAAGGACCUGCGUCGCCCCGGCGCCCCGAGGUCCUUCCUCGGGCUGACCUCGAGCUCCCUCGUCUCCCAGGCCGGGAUGUACCCCAACGCCGUCGCCGUCGCCGCGGCGGCCGUCGCCAGGCACUCGGGUUCCUCCCAGCAACCGGGGCAGCCGUUCAAGAUCACCGUCAGCGAGUCCUGCGACAGGAUCAAGGAGGAGUUUAAUUUCCUGCAGACGCAGUACCACAAUCUGAAGCUCGAGUGCGAGAAGCUGGCCACCGAGAAAGUCGAGAUUCAACGGCACUACGUGAUGUACUACGAGAUGUCGUACGGGCUCAACGUGGAGAUGCACAAACAGGCGGAGAUCACGAAGAGGCUGAACACGAUCAUAGUGCAGGUCCUGCCGUACCUGCCGCAGGAGCACCAGCAGCAGGUUGCCGCCGCCGUGGAACGAGCGAAGCAGGUCACCGUGACCGACCUCAACUCGACCGGGGCGCAACAGAGGCCCGACAUCCCGAGGCUAUUGCAACAGAUGCACGUGCAGCAGCUGCCUCCAGCUGCAGCGAUCGGACCCCACCCGGGGCUCCCGGGUCUUCCUGGUUUGGGCCCGGCCGGGGGACUGCAGGUCCCGACGUCGGCGUCGGCGGCCCUCCUCGGCCUCGGGCUCAACCCUGGCGCCGCGACGACGGCCGGCGCCACCGGCGCUCAUCCGCUCUCCAUGCUCGGCAAGCCGGACCUCCACCGAGGACAACCGGACGACCUGAAGAGCAACGGAGGACUCAGCUCGACCGAGGAGAGACACAGGAGCUCGAUAUCUCCCGGCGACAAGUACGGCCGACCGCGGACCCCGCAAGAGCAGCACCACUCGCACCACUCUCACCAUUCUCAAAACCACCACGACCACUCGAUGCACCCGAUCAAGAAGCAGAAGAAGGACCACGACAAGGACAUCGGACACGUAGGUUAUCCGGAGGAGGGGUUUCCCCGAGGGCCGGGCGACCGGUACCGGGAAGCCUCGCCCCGUAGUAGAUCCGCGGUAGUGGCGACCGAGGCAAAGACUGAGGGUGUGGAUGGUUUUGCCGAACGACAGAGCGACGGGGAGAAGAGCGACCAGGACUUGGUGGUGGACGACGCGAGCGAAGGUCCGACGAGUCCCGCCGUGAACGGGACCUCGUCGCCGAGGGAGAACGGGCUGGACAAGGUCGGGGGGGUCUCGUCGCUGGGAGCGGGGUCGGGGGCGAAGAAGGACGCGCCCCCGCACUCGCCGCGCAGCGGCACCAGCAGCAACGCCAGCACCCCGUCCGCCAAGAAGAUGGACGACCGCGAGAAGCCGGUCACGCCGAUCUCAAAGCCGCUGACCCCGACCUCGGGGUCGGCGGCCGCGAGCGGGGGCCUGAAGUCCAAGCUGCUGCAGGGCCCACCCCCGGGGGUUGGGGGGGCCUAUCCGCCCCAUUACUCGCCGGGGCCGCCGCCCCACCACCUGUUCCCCUCCGGCCAGCACCCCCACGUGGAGAUGAUGGCCUACAACGGGUACGCCGCGCCUCGCGGCCCUCCUCUGCAGCCGCUCUACGACCCCCACGUGUCCAUGAGGGCGCCCCCCAUGGGCGCCGGCGGCGUUCCCGGGGGCAAGCCGGCAUACAGCUUCCACGUUUCGAGCGACGGCCAAAUGCAGCCGGCGCCGUUCCCUCCGGACGCUCUGAGCGGGCCUGGCAUUCCCAAGCACGCCCAUCCCGUGACCAACCUGACCCACGGCGAGGUGGUCUGCGCGGUCACCAUCUCGAACCCCACCAAGUACGUGUACACCGGGGGCAAGGGCUGCGUCAAGGUCUGGGACAUCGGCCAGGGCGGCACCGGCAGCGCCAAGCCGGUCUCCCAGCUGGACUGCCUGCAGAGGGACAACUACAUCAGGUCGGUCAAGCUGCUGCCGGACGGUCGGACUCUCAUCGUCGGCGGCGAAGCCAGCCAGCUGAGCAUUUGGGACCUGGCCGGCCCUACCCCGCGCAUCAAGGCCGAGCUCCCAUCCUCCGCCCCCGCCUGCUACGCCCUCGCCAUCUCCCCGGACUCCAAGGUCUGCUUCAGCUGCUGCAGCGACGGCCACAUCGCCGUCUGGGACCUGCAGAACCAGUCGCUGGUCCGCCAGUUCCAGGGCCACACGGACGGCGCCUCCUGCAUCGACAUCUCGGCGGACGGGACCAAGCUCUGGACCGGGGGCCUCGACAACACCGUCCGCUCCUGGGACCUCCGCGAGGGUCGGCAGCUCCAGCAGCACGACUUCACCUCGCAGAUCUUCUCCCUGGGCUACUGCCCCACCGGCGAGUGGCUCGCCGUGGGCAUGGAGAACUCCAACGUCGAGGUCCUCCACGCCACCAAGCCCGACAAGUACCAGCUGCACCUGCACGAGUCCUGCGUCCUCUCGCUCAGGUUCGCCUCCUGCGGCAAGUGGUUCGUCUCCACCGGCAAGGACAACCUGCUCAAUGCCUGGCGCACUCCCUACGGCGCCUCCAUCUUCCAGUCGAAGGAGUGCUCGUCGGUGCUGAGCUGCGACAUCUCGGCCGACGACAAGUACAUCGUCACCGGCUCCGGCGACAAGAAGGCCACCGUCUACGAGGUCAUGUACUAACGAGGACCGGCCCGUCGUCGGCUCUAAGAUCCAGGAGAAGAGGAGGAGGAGGAGGUCGAGGUCCGCCGUGUACCAAUGAUCGACGUAUCCAGGAUCAUCGUCGCCCCCUACGCGACGUCCGGGUCGGGACC